AAUAAUUAUAGUUACUCGUAUUUAGAAAUCUUACCGCCACGCUGGCUGCAUAGAAACCCUGCUUCCUUUUGGCACUUUCACUGAGGUAUAUGGUACCGGUAUAUACAGCUAUACUGUAAUAAAAUAUGAAGAAAUCUGCAGCCGGUUUCCUUGUGGUUUGCCUGGUACACUUGGUGUAUGUAGCUACGGAAUCAACGGAGGAAUGCGCCGCACUGCAACACCGAUGUUUUGCUGUCAUAUCACAAUUUCCCAACAUCACGUUCCCUUGGCCGUCUACCAGCCGACUUUCACAGCCACCUGGUUUUGAUGGGAUCCGGUUUUGCAAUUAUUCCAAUGUCACUGGAAGUUGUCUGCGAGAACUGCGUAGCCGCUGCCCGGCAUCCAGCCUGACGCCGCACCAAGCCAGCGUCGAAGGAUGGUACCAGGUGUUGGUUAACGAGGCCAUGGCGAAGUCUUGUACCAUUCUGGACCCCAUCAAAUUCUUAGCGGCGAAAAUGCACUGCGAUAAGCAGACAAAUACCACCGACUUUACCGUGGAAGUGGUGUUGGGUGAGAAAAUUGACGAGUUUAUUAGCAACGCCAACACUGAAGAGAAGGCCCAGGCCGCGCUGUGCCGUAAAAUCCAAGAUUUUUUGCCGCGAAUGGGCGAUCCUGAAAGCCAAAACAGAACACCGUUGUACACAGAUUUGGUAGCAAAGUGCGGACAGGAUGCCAUUGACACUAUGGAGGACGCCGUAGAGUGGACGCUAAUGAGCAAAAAAUAUAGCCCAUGUAAAGCUCAAGGAGCACGUUGAGCAGUGUGUCCUACAAAAUGGCUUACAGAUCUGGUCAUUAUUUGUGUCUAUCGUUGACGUUGAGACAUAUUAUUAACGGGAUUGCGGAGUUUGUUCACGGAUAUUGAUGUUCGUACUCGCUUAGUUUUGAUAUGAACAGAAAUUGGGAUUGCUUCAUAAUUCUGUUCCUUGGGGAAUUUGUACCACUUCUGCAAUAUGAUGCGUUUUAUGACGCAGGCUUUUUUGUUCCUCUUAACCUCUCCUAUAAAAUUAUCAAAUUUUAUUGAUCUAAUGAGAGAACUUCUUUGGUUUAACCGAAAUAAAAUUAAUGUGUAAUGA